CGCAAACAGCACCAGCAAGGAGGCACGAGUUCGUACCGGUACCACACCAGCACGGUACCGAACACACACCAGACCAGACCAGACGACACCAUACCACUCCUUUUCCCAACUCCCCCCGAGCAUCGGCAGGCAUCCUUCCCGGUGUUCCCCGAAGCAAAAAACGCGAAAGAAAGAACACCGACAAGCACUAGAUAGACCAUGGGCAAACGAAGCAAGAAGGUACGGACAUAGAGCAAUUCGUUUCUGUUUCGGGCUCGAUCUGACGCGGGGCAAACGGCGUUGCUUCGUUCGGAAGGAGUUCCUCGUGGUUGCCGGAUUCUUUUGGUUCGAUUCGAUUCCCGUUCUAAUUUCUUGUGUUGUGUUCCUUCCUUCCCCCCCCACACUACGGUUUUGCUUCGCUUCUUGUUCCAUUCGGUGGGUUGUGCUCUUUUUUUGUUGCCUUCCGGCAGAACGACGACGACGACGACGUCGCCAUGGAGGAUCCCUCGGAGACCAGCGAAGAAGAGGAGGCAGCCCCCCCCAGGCGGAGCCGAUCGUCCCGCCGCGCCGCCACCAACCAGCAAUACAAAGAAUCCAAGGACGACGACGACGACGACGACGAAAGCGACCAGGAGGAAAGCUCCAGCGCGGCACAUGGAGAAGACGAGGACGACACCGAAUCCGAAGAAGCCCCGGUGCGGAGGAGGAGACAGCCCAAGAGAUCCUCCAGCAAGAGCCGUUCCCCGCCGGGAUCUUCCUCGGACGACAACAACAACAACAACAGCGAUAGCGGAAAACGACGAUCGGGCCGUUCCAAUAAGUUCAAGGCCAGCAUGAAGGUCCCGGGCGAGUCCCUUAGGGAGUUGUAUGCGGCCGACGAGAACGACGAAGACAUCGACAGCAGACCCAAAAAGAAGAAGAAGGCUCCCCCCAAACAAACGCAAAAGGCCGCGUCCAAAAAGGCUCCGAAUUCCAAGCGGCAGGCUCCCCCCGCGUCUCCCCUCAAAUCCAGGGCCCAGCACAGCACGCGCCGAAAGACCCCCUCCAAGAGCGUACUGGAGGUCGGCGCGGACGACGAGGAGAACGACAGCGACGCGUACAUGGAAGAAGAACCGUACUCGGACGAGGAGGACCACGGGCCGGACGACGAGGACGACGAAACCUUGAAGAUCCAGCGGAUCCUGGCCGUCCGCAGCGAAACAAAAAAGAAGUGGCGGGAAAUCUGUGCAAACAUGCAAACCUCCGAGGUCACGGACGGAAGCCGGUGGUUCCAAACGGAGGAGGAGAGCCACGGAAGCGGGGAACACGACAACGACGGCUCCGAAACGGGCGACAACGUGCUGGAGGAACGCUUCCUGGUCAAGUGGAACCAGCUCUCCUACCUGCACGUUUCGUGGGAGACCCACCACGAUCUGAUGGACCAGGUGGAAAACGCCAAGAACUACAUGUCCACCUUUUUCCGGAAGCAGGUCGGGGGGCUCCUCUUUACGCAGGACGAGCGCAAGGACGGGGACUAUUUCGAUCCCGGCAUGAUCCAGAUCGAUCGCAUCCUGGAGGUGGUCGCCCCGGAGGACUACCUCCAAUCGAAGCUCCCCAAGACGUGGAUGGAAGAACUGGACAUGGGGGAUCCGGUGGAAGAAUUCGGAAUGGUCCUAGACAACAAGAAAGAUCCAAAGGCCUUUGAGGCAAACGCGGGUCGCCAGUUCCUGAUCAAGUGGUCUUCCCUCAACUACUCGGAUUCGUCCUACGAAUUCGAGCGAGACCUCUGGCUGAUGGACCAAAAAGACUCCCUCAUGGACAAGCUCCGGGACUAUUACCACCGCACCAAGCGGCCGACCCGCAAGCAACUGCAUGCCCGCUCCAAAGAGGCCGAGGAGGCCAAGCGCAAGGCCUAUCUCUUUCUAGGAGACAACUCGCGUCUGGCGGGGGACGUCAAGGAGGCCAGGGUCAAGUCCUACCAGGAGUCCCUGACGAAGCACGUCUUUAAGAACGGGGGCUCGCUCCGCGACUACCAGGCGGAGGGGGUCACGUGGUUCUUGGCGAACUACGUCAACGGGAGGUCCUGCAUCAUGGCCGACGAGAUGGGGCUCGGAAAGACCCUGCAAACCGCCGCCUUUUGCAACCUCCUGGUGCAAAAGAUGUUCAAGACGGGACCCUUUUUGAUCUGCGUCCCCCUCUCGACGCUGGCCCACUGGCAGCGUGAGUUUCAGGGCUGGACCGACCUCAACACGAUCGUCUACCACGGAUCGGCGGAGGACCGCAGGGCGAUCCGGGAGGCGGAGUUUGCCUAUGCCCGGGACCGCCCCGACGGCUCGGGGGGAGGGGGGAUCAACUCGCUCUACCUCAAAAAGUGCGAGCCCGCCAAGAGCAAGAGCUCGGCGAAGUGGAUGGCCACGGUCGUGGUCACCACCCCCGAGAUGCUGGUGGCAGACGACUGGACCGAGCUGUCGUACGUCCGGUGGCAGGUCCUGGUGGUCGACGAGGCCCACCGGCUCAAGAACCACAACUCGAAGCUGGCGGCGACGAUGCGCAAGGAACAGUUCACCUUUGAGCACAAGCUUUUGCUGACGGGAACCCCCAUCCAGAACGACGUGAAGGAGUUCUGGACCCUCCUCCACUUUAUCGACCCGAAAAACUACGACGAUCUCGACGCCUUUAUGGACGAGUACGGGGACAUGAAAUCGAAGGAAAAGAUCGACGAGCUGCACAAUCAGAUCCGGCCCUACAUUUUGCGCCGGCUGAAGGAAGACGUGGAAAAAUCGGUCCCGCCCAAGGAGGAGACCCUCAUCGAGGUCGAGCUCACGCUGGCCCAGAAGCAAUACUACCGGGCGCUCUACGAAAAAAACGUGGGGUUCUUGCACAAGAACAAGAAAAAGGCCCUCGACGGGCCCAGCCUCAACAACCUGGCCAUGCAGCUGCGCAAGUGCUGCAACCACCUGUUUUUGCUGAACGGGGUGGAGGACGACAUGCGCACCAAGGAACUGGAAAAGCUCAAGGGGUCGGAGAAAUCGAUCGACGAGGGCGACUUUGUCACGAACGGAUCCGGGAAACUCGUUCUCCUGGACAAGCUCCUGCCCCGCCUCAAGGAGAACGGCCACAGGAUCCUGGUGUUUUCGCAGUUCAAGAUCAUGCUGGACAUUCUGGAGGACUACCUCCACUACCGGGCGUACAAGUUCGAGCGGAUCGACGGAAGCAUCACGGGUCACAAGCGGCAGUCCGCCAUCGACCGCUUCCAGGAGGGCACCCCCGGCAAGGAGCCCCCCUUUGUCAUGCUCCUGAGCACGAGGGCCGGAGGUGUGGGCAUCAACCUGACAGCCGCCGAUACGUGCGUUAUUUUUGAUUCGGACUGGAACCGUGAGUAUCUUGUGUCGACAAUGAGCAGGGCGAAGCAGACUGCCGCGUACUGUUUUUUGAGAGUUUGUUCUUGUGUGGAGGAAGUCCAUAGGUCUCUGCUUUGCCUCUCGACCCCUAAAUCUUGAUUCCAUCUCUCUCUCUCGUUUCUCUAUAUUCAUUGUCUAUUCCGCAGCACAAAACGACAUCCAGGCCAUGGCCCGGUGCCAUCGAAUUGGACAAACAAAGAGCGUCAAGGUAUAUCGCUUGCUUACGAGGAAAACAUACGAGAUGCAAAUGUUUCACAUGAGUUCUCUCAAAAUGGGAUUGGAUCAAGCCGUUUUGACGGGGUUCGAGAGCAACUCGUCUGGGGAGGGAACCAUGACAAAGGAGGAGGUCGAGAGACUCUUGCGGCACGGUGCCUACGACAUUUUCAACGAGGACAAGGCAGGCAGCGCCGAAGCCGAGUCCAAUGAUUUCGUCCAGCAGGACAUUGAUUCCAUUCUGUCGAGGAGGAGCCGGAAGAUUGUCCACGGGAACACGGGAAGUGGCAGCUCUGCUGCCGGGGGAACCUUUUCCAAGGCGAGCUUUGUCCACAAGACUCCUUCCAAGGAAGGAGAGCAGGGCGCCUCGGCCGAUAUUGACAUCAACGAUCCCGACUUUUGGACCAAAAUGGUGGGUGAAGCCAAACCGGAAGAAGAGUCGAUAUUGAAACCGAGAAAACGAAACCAGGCCAACUAUAACGAAAAGAAUUGGGAUAAGAACCUUCAAAAGGCUCUGAAGUAUGAUAGCGAAUUUUCCGACAGCGAUGAUGACGACGACGACGAGAGUGCGGAAGGAGAUGUCCAGGAACGGACCCGCUGGGGUGGUCCGAAGCCGGAGCACUGGAAACGAGACCAGGUCGAAGCCGUUGUGGCUCGGAUCGAAAAGUGUGGGUACGGACUCAUUCCUCCAGACGAAUUCGCAAAGGGACUCCCGAAGGGGUUUGGAAAAUUCCCAAAGGAGGAAAUCCUUCGAAUGUCGUGGUCGCUUGUAUUGAUGGCCAUCUGUGAAGUUGCCACGAGCAACGGUGUGGGAGAGGCCAAGCGGUCGAAGCUCAGGGCCGAGAGAAAACGAGACACCGAGGGUGGUGACGGGGAAGGGGGUCUGGCGGAACAGAGCAACGAAGCGACGGUGACACCGAAAUCCACUGGGGAGAUGAAAGAAAUCUGUUUCAAAAGGCUGUGGGAGAGCCAUUCGAGCUGGGCCGCGAAAGCGCUGGGGGAUGCGGUAUCCUUUGCGCGCAUUCACGAUCCCCGUGUCGAUGAUUCCAGCGACAACCAGGAAAAAAAAAUCCGCGAGGUAUUCAAGAAUCAAUUGUGGCCUUCCUUGCAGGGACGAGGAUGGAAGAUCGAAGACGAAGAUGACGAGGAUGGAAUGGAAACAUACAUUUAUGGCAAGCGAGAAUUCUCCUCGCCCUCUAUUGUGAUGAACGAAGUCAUUCGUAUUCAUCCCGAACUACAGAAAAAUGUUGUGGAGUUGCUGAACAUGAUUGAGCAAUCUCGGUUGCAAAUUGACCAGCAGAUGGACCACCAAAAGGCACAAGAUCUGGCUUUGACCGCAUCUAAUGUCACCUUGAAAAACCUUCAAAACCUACUUGAGCGCUAUUCACCCAUGCAAAUUUUGUACGAUCGCUCACGGAAAGCAAAUCGAAUAUCGCUGAGACUCAAACUACUAGUGUCAUGCAACUACAUCAAGACUGCAAUUGCGAUCGUCACGGCCGUUGACAAGGAGUCUUCUGCCUCAAAUAUCGAAAUACCAACUGGCGAUGACAAACUUUGCGAUGUCCUUGGUGUGGAUGCCAGGUCUGGUCUUCCCCAUCCAUUGUGGACUAAAAAGCACGAUGCCAUUCUGAUUCGCAGUGUCGCAAAGCAUGGAUGGGUAGACGUUGACGCUAACCUUAAAAACAUUGUGAAUGAUAAGAAGAUCAAGUGGGGCUUUCCUUUUGAAGCCUCCAAUAAUGCUCCUGUUCAGCGGAUCGGAGAACAGGAGAUGAAAAAUAUGCGCGAAACUGCGGGAAGAGCGGCUUCGAUUCUCAACGAGAAACCGAAAAUCUUGGAGAUCUUGACUGGCUUCAACAAAAAGCUUGGUAGGUGUGCGACUGCAAUCGAUAUUUUUUCUUUCAACUAUUCCGUGUUUCUUCCGAAAGUAGCUCACAUGCUUUGCGCUCUGGUAUUUUUGUUCUUCAAAGUUAUUGAUUCGUAUGGCCUCACGCAGCAGUCGGAAGAUGACGAAAAUGAUGAAAUGGACGACGGAGAGAAAAAGUGGAGGGUCGACAAUAGAAUGUUGCAUCAGGCGUCCAAGAAGAGUGAACCUGUCAAAGAGGCUGUUGAUUUACCUGCUAAGAAAGAUUUUGUGAAGCGUGCGAAAAUUGUGAUUCAAAAGACUUUCGCCAAACUGCGCUCGGAAGGUACAAACAGCAAAUCAAUUUCUUCUACGAAAGCAAUUGACGAAGACGUGAAAAGCAACGAAAGUCAUGGGUACAUCGUAAUCGACCAAGGAAGUCGAUGUAACAUACUUCUCGCGGAGAUGAUUCGAGCACUUGUGAAAGGAUCGACGAAGGUAUCUGUGCAAAUUCGCCAUAUGGUAAGAUAGAACGAAACAGAUGUAAAACUUUGCAUUUUGGAUUCGCUCUCGUGCAGAAAGUAGAUCCUCAUGAACCUUGUUAAUUUUAUUCUUCUGUUACUUGCUUCUAGUGGCAAAUGAGUCAUAUGGAAGCGAAAGCAUUGAUCAAAAUGCUCGAGUCACAAAGCGACAAAAAGAAAGAAGUGGAAGAAUUGAACAGAAUCACGGGGCAGAUUGCGCUUGCGAAAUGGGCUUGCUCUAAACGGUCCACGACCCAGGGAAAAAAUGUGCUACGCGUCAUGCUAGGGGAAAAGCCUCAAGUUCCACGUAACGAGACCAUACAAGACAAAAUCUUCCCCGCAGAAAAAACAGUCCCGAUUCCCGGCACUAGAACGAAGGCACCUGGCAAGAGAAAAGUGAAGAGAAAUGAUCCUGCGAUCGGAGAGAGGGCAAUAAUGAAAGCGAUGAAAAAGGCUCACGAUCACAAUUCCGGAAAAGUGUUUGGUUUCGUCAAGACAAACGAAGACUUGGGAAUACAGCUCACCUUGAUUGAGUCUUAUAUCUUGUCUGUUUUUUGUUGUGAAGGCAUUCCGUUGAACUUUGAUUUGGACUCUAAGAAAUCGGAUUUGGGUAUCUCGAAAACAUGGGAGGACAUUUCGAAAAGUUUGGUGGAUUUGGCUAGACAGCAACAAGACCACGCAAAAGAAGUAACAGUUCUCUGUAAAGCUGCUCUAUCAAAAGGCACAAGUCAAAAUCUAGAAGAGAAACAAAUCAAGAUGUUAGCAGAAAAUCUCUCGAGAGCAGAAUCUGACUUUGCUGUAAAAGAAGAAGCUGCUCGUCUUGUCAACGAUUUUACCCACAAACCGAAUGAAAGAUUGUCGAAGAAAAGGUACGGAACGCCACAAUGAAGACGAUGAUGAGUAUUUUGUUCUGUUUCAUCAUGUGUUCCAUUUUUUUCUUUUUUUGGCUUACACUCAAUGUUUACAACAACUGUUUGAUCAGCAUCAUGCUCAUGGAGAAGGUCCGAGCUUACGGGACCGCAAAAGUUAGUACUGGCAAGGUGACGACGAAAUACGAAAAUUACCUCGGACCAAAGAUACCGAGAUGGUUUGGCAAAGAACUAGCACGUGCUGCAGCUACCCACGAAAUUUUGGAUGACGAGAACAAGCCACAAUCUUGGACUACCGCCGACAUCUCUGAGACAAUUCAGAACAAUCCCGAGUACAAUAAAUCAAUUGUGUCAGCCUUUUUAGACAAGACCUCUGCUCGUCAAGUCACGAGUCAAAUCUCUAUGCUGUCGAGAUUGCGGUCGAUUCUUGUGCAAUGCAGCGAGAAAGAGUUCCGAUCAAAACUCUCUCGAGCCAUAAGGCAGUCGAAAAGAAACGAUGACGAUUGGGAAAAGAAACCGAGUUGGUGGGAAGAUUCUACGGAGGAACACUCAUUUCUUCUUUUGACGAAAUUAAGUGAGUACGGAUUUGCAAAGAUCAUGACGGCCGUCAAGGCUCGUGAUGGCUUUGGUGCUGCUGGAGAGGACUAUGACAAUAUGACUGCUCUGAAGUUGACCAAACCAUCCAUCCAAACCAGGGCGAAUCAGCUCGUCCGGGAACUUCACGCCAUCGAAGACCACGAAAGCAUGCUUCAAAUGGUGGCAAAGCGCCGAAAGAGUUCCCAGGGAAAGAUUGAUUCCCUGGCUGUACUCGGAAAGAGUGGUAAAACAGGUUCGGGUUUGAAGAACCCCUCUCCGACAAACGGUUCCAGUUCGACUACGCCAACUUCCGGUGGGAAGUCCAAAAAGGGCACGGUGCAAACCGGCCUCAAGGCUUUUUUCUCGGCGACUCCAUCCUCCAGUGGCAAGAAGAAAACCUCGAACGCUGUUGACAAUGGCAGCACGGGCAGUAGCAAUCACAACCCUUCGUCCGUUGAAAGCAAAAAACGCAAGGAGUCCGCAACCCCUUCGCCACCCACGUUCGUCAUCCGUUCGAGCAGUGGCAGUGGUAGUAGCAAUCACGAGUGUGAGAACGGAGCGGUUACGCCCCCCGCAGAAAAGAAACUAAAAUCGACAUCCGACGAUGACUCAUCCUCCAUAGAAAACCCAAUGGUGGAAGUCGAGCAGAGUAACGGGGUGGAAGUCGUGGUGAUUGAUUGAAAGCAAAUCAAGCAAGCAAUAGCAAGAAGGAAAUAAACGCGGGCAACACUUUCUGCUCGGGAUAAAAAUUGUACUUCGUAUUGUAUUUCUAGGGUCAAUUUGCCUAUAGAAUGUUGCAUCACUCAAUAGACAACCUUUUCGAAACAAAUGAAAUUCUUCUUCGAAAACAUUCAGCGAACGAUUACCCUUUAUAAUCUGACCCAGCAAGAUAGAAGCCGAACAAAACACUGCCUAGAUGUAUCUCCAUAUCACUACAGAUGUUACCGGGGUACUAACACCAUACUACCCUGAACAUACCGUGAGAGCUUCGGUUGUUCUCACAGAGGUGAUUCUUUUCCAAUUCAAGUGCAUGACACUUUGGAUUCCGUCCAUUGCCACUACAAUUUCUCUGCGUUCUGAUCAAAAGCAGUUUGCGGCACUCUGUCUCGGACUCCGUUCCACCACCAUGCAACUGUACUGUGCGUUCAACUGAUUGGCUUGGUUCCAUCGGGCGGUGUUGUGGAUGCAGAAUCAUCGAGAUGUGUUUGCAGACUGGAACGGCAGCUAUCGAAGAGGCACUAUCCGCCACACAGAUCCGAAAAAGACGGAACCGUCCUCCGAUUGCGCAAGCCGCGAGCCAAGCUCGAUGGCAUCGCACAGAAACAGCAAAGAAAACAAAGCUACCGAGAAACAUACAUUGAGUAGGUAUCGUAUUCUUUAUAAUUGUUACAUUUCGAUUCACUAUACGAUAGAUAUGGGAACAGUAAAAGUACAGUGCAAGCCGCAAACUCAAUCAAACGCUGCCGGCUCUACUUGUAGAAAGGCGUCCGUCUGGUGCAGUUCUAGGAACGGCUGGAGCAGGGAGUUGAGCAGGAGCGAGCGGCCUACCAUUUCGGCCACUUCGACGCACCAGCAGCAAUGAUCGCGAGAUGCCGUCCUCGCCCGGUUUCGUCCCAUCAUUGGCGACAAAAUCACGCGCUGGUGCUGGUGGUGGUGGCGUUGUGGUUGCUGCUGAUGCUGAUGUUGCUGUUGCUGUUGCUGUUGCUGCGUGUCCGACGAAUCCGGAGAGAACGAGUCGCGUUCGCUUUCCUCUCUGGGAGCGGCUUCUCGUGGUGCAUCUGCUUGCUGCUGUUGAAGGUACUCCCUGACGUCGGCUUCGUCUUCUCUGGCAAGCGCCCGCGCCUUUUCCUGGCUCCGCACCGUGUCUCCCGUGGCCAUGCACACCCGGCGAAUGCGCUCGUCGUUCUCUAGGUUCGCCUUCCUUCCGAUGCGCUGGUGGUGCUGCUCCAGCAAGAUCGAUCGGAGGCAUUCGUACCGUUUCUUGAGGCAGUGCAGGUUGUCCCCGUCGUAGACGAGCCGCUCGAGGCCCCGAAUGUCGCACGUGUAGGCUCCGUGCUUCCCGCGCUUCUUGCUGUUGUAUUUCAUUUCUUCCUUGCGCCGGUCGAUGUCCCGAAAGGCGGCCUGCCGCAUGGCCCGGAUCUCCCUGGGGCUGUACCACAGUCCGUGCUUGUCCUUGCUCGAGUAUUCCGCUAGGGGCGGUAUGAACCGGACCUCCACGACGUCCAUUUCGACAAAGGCGUGUGGGUGUGGGUGUGCGUGUGCGUAUGCAUGUGGGUGUGCGUGUGCGUGCCCCAUUGCUUCUCCGAGCCGCGAGUCGCCGUAGCCGACGUCCUCGUCGUCGCUUCCGUCGUCUCGCACAUAGGUCGACGAAAAGGAAACCCUGCGUUGUUCGUACAAGGGAGCUAGUAUCAUCGUGCUACAAGUACGAGUAGUGGUGGUUGUUCUUGUUUUCUUCUCCCAACUUCGUCUUGGUGGUUUGAAUGCAACUGUGUUACGUUUUUGUCAUAGUUUUCUGAUUUUCAAUGGUGCAUUACAACUCAAUCCUGCCCUAUUGUGAUUUCAUAGUU